CUCUGGUUUUUGCUGUCCACACUUUCUACAUUUGGUCAACUCGGCUUUUGUAACAUUGAGUUCCGUCGACCAUCGUACGCCUUCCGUCAAGGGCCUUUCCUUCGACAUAUUUCUUGGUGUUGCCCACAGAAAUCCUUUUCCAGCUACUCGCGGUAAAUCUUCCACGAAUCCCGGGUUUGUUGUCACCACGAGGUAAUAAUGCACAAGCAAGUUGAAAGCAAUCAGGAGGCAGAUGGGUCCGCCGAGCCAUGGGUAAGCCAGCGAAGGCAUGACAACAUCAACUGUGGGAUGAGAGGACUGUCAACGCAAUAGUUUGUGAAGGCUGAAAAAUAUUGUUCGAAUUUACAAAAGCAUAUUGUACCAGCUGAUAUCAAGAUAACAGCAAGUCCAACAAAAAAAGGACCAGCAGCACCUGUUACUCGAUCUCCUAAUCGCUCGAGAGUUUUGAAGCAACGAAAGACUGUUUUAGAACAGAACAUGGUACUUAGCGUACAAGUUGCAAGAAGAAUGAGCUCCCAUCAUCACCAUGAAAGCUCAUCAGGACAGUAUUCAGAACUCAAUUACAGUCCCGGCGCAAAAUGGAUUAAAGGCCUAACGCAGAAUAGGCUUGGAACAUUCCUUGGUGGUCACUUCUCUGAUGUGAAUCUCAGCUCUGUGCUUUUCACUCACCGACUGGACAAUGUAAAGCAUGUUAAGCUCGAAGUGUGGAGUGCCCCAGGCCUCACGAAACCAACAUUUGAGGAGGCUAUGGAACAGAAAUUUAAACCAGCAAAGAAGGGUGAUUCUUUUGGGCCGUCCUGUACCAACCAUUGGUGGAAGGUCUCUGUCACCAUUCCGGAAUAUUGGGAGCAGUAUGAGCGGGUCCAGUUUGAAUUUGAUCCUGGAUGCGAAGCAAUGAUAUACGAUGUCGACGGAACUCCUUUACAAGGCAUCACUGGUGGUUUCGGAGGCGACCGUCGUGUUGAAUAUAUCAUUCCUAUCGAGGCAAGAAUGAAGGGAACCCAUGAGUUUAUCAUUGAAUCUAGUUGCAACGGAAUGUUCGGCGUACCAUGGAAUGGAGACACCAUUGCCCCUCCUGAUAUGAACAGAUAUUUUGCUCUUUCAUCUGCAGAUUUAGUCGUACCUAAUCAGGAAGCGUGGCAUCUGCUUUGGGACUUCUCCACCCUUCGAGAAAUCAUAGACUCAUUACCAGGAAACUCAUCACUGCAAAACAAGGCACUCGUCGUGGCGAAUGAAAUCAUGAACACUUUCAGGAGUGGAGAUGCUUCUGACAUCCGUCGUUGUCGUAAAUUGGCAGAAACUGUUUUCGGUGAAAACUGGCAGGACAAGGGUGAAGCCAUCUACGAGGGGGAUAAACAAGCACAGAUAUGGGGGAUUGGACAUUGUCACAUCGAUACGGCGUGGCUUUGGCCGUACCGCGUCACCCAGCAAAAAGUAGCCAGGUCCUGGGCAACACAGAUUGACCUCAUGGAACGUUAUCCCGAGCAUCGCUUUUCUUGUUCCCAGGCGCAACAAUACAAGUGGCUGAAGGAGCUAUAUCCUCCCCUCUUCGAUCGUGUAAAGGAGCAAGUAUUAGCUCGUAAAUUCCAUCCUGUCGGGGGUAGUUGGGUUGAAAAUGACAGCAAUAUGCCGAGUGGUGAGGCCCUAGUGAGACAGUUUGUAUUUGGUCAAAAGUUCUUCAUGGAGAAUUUCGGGAUCCGCUGCGAGACGGCGUGGUUACCUGAUUCUUUUGGUUUAACGGGAGCAUAUCCGCAAUUAAUUCGGGGAGCAGGAAUGAAAUACUUCUUUACUCAGAAGUUAAGCUGGAACAACAUCAAUGUAUUUCCCCACUCUUCAUUCAACUGGGUUGGUAUAGAUGGCACUCAAGUACUCUGUCAUAUGACUCCUGUUGAUACUUACACUGCUCAAGCUUCCGUUGGAGACAUUCAGAAGGGUCUCACUAAUCAUAAGAACUUGGAAUCCUCUGAUACUUCCCUUUUGGUCUUUGGUAAUGGCGAUGGAGGAGGCGGGCCCUUGGCGAAGAUGUUGGAAAAUCUUCGUCGCAUACGGGCGACUAAUAAUCAUUCCAGGGAUUUACCGCCUAUCAACAUGGGUCACUCAGUUGAUGAGUUUUUCGAACAUCUAAUGGAAAGUACUGCUGCGGGCAAAAAGCUACCUAAUUGGCAUGGCGAGCUAUAUCUAGAGUUUCACAGAGGAACUUACACAUCUCAUGGCUCCAUUAAGAAAGGCAAUCGACAUUCGGAAAUCUUGCUUCGUGAUGUUGAGCAUGUUGCCACUUUGGCAUCGAUCGCCAAAUCUACCGAGUAUACUUACCCCAAAGGAAAGAUUGACGAAUGUUGGGAAAAGGUUUUACUCAAUCAGUUUCAUGAUGUACUUCCUGGUUCCGCGAUCGGCAUGGUUUACGAGGAUGCCGAAAAACUCUAUGCCGAGGUUGCUAAAGAUGGCAAAAGCCUGAUAGAAGAAGCCUUCCAAGUCCUCUUUCCCCACUCUGUUCUCCUGAGUCCGGAGACUAGAUUGCAACCAAACACCUCACUGAACCAAAUCAUUGGCUACAAUACGACCUUCCUUGAUCGUCGAGAAAUCGUCAAAAUUCCGUUGGACGGCGCAUCGGCCGGAUUGAAGACGGCAGUGGCGCAAGUCGACAACAACAACAACGAAGUUGGGUAUGCGAUUAUGGAUAACGGCGUUCUCGAUGCGUCUAUUGCUAAUGGUCUGGACUUACACGCGUCCGCAUACACCAACGGCUCUAAUCAUUUCGUGUUGAGGAACUCCAGCGUGCAAUUGACCAUCUCCAACGGCAGAAUCACAAGUUUGAUCGAUGUCCAGCUUCAUCGUGAACUGAUAGCAGAUGGUGCCACCGGUGGGUUAGUCAUCUUUGAAGACCGACCGAACUAUUGGGAUGCUUGGGACGUCGAGAUUCACCAUCUAGAAACUCCAACGGCCCUGGAAUUCACAAAUAUUUCGGUGGUAGCGCAUGGGCCGCUGCGUGCCUCUGUUCAAGCUCAGGUCAAGUACGGCAAAAGCACGAUCAAAGUCUUGAUUUCUUUGGAUGCAGUUGGUGCUACCGUCAAGCCUGGAUCUCGGUCCAUGUUCAGAUUCGAUGCGGAUGUAGACUGGCGAGAACGACAUCAGUUCCUCAAGUUCGAACUUCCUCUCAAUAUCCACAAUGACAACGCUUAUUACGAAACACAAUUCGGGUAUGUACAGCGCCCCACGCAUAAAAAUACUACUUGGGACAUGGCCAAGUUCGAAGUCUGCGGGCACAAGUACGCUGAUUUGAGCGAGUAUGGAUACGGCCUCGCAAUAUUGUCAGAAUCGAAAUAUGGGUUUUCCUGUCAGGGUAAUAUCUUGCGCAUUUCUCUACUUCGAGCCGCCACUGCUCCAGAUGCUGAGCAAGACCAGGGUGAACACCAAUUCUCCUGGGCUGUCAUGCCACACAAAGGGCAUUUCCUAGAAUCGGAUGUACCAAUGGCAGCGUAUUUGUUCAACUCACCUCUGCAUGUACGUUAUCUUCCUGGGGAUAAAGACGCUAUUGCAGCAUCCUUCACAAACCAUCCUUCAUUCGUAAUUCGAGGAGCCCCGAACGUCUUCCUGGAAACCAUCAAGCGUGGGGAGUACGACGAUUUCGAUACAUCUUCCUCUAACGUAGGUUCUUCUACAACCAUCAUCGCACGAUUGUACGAAGCCUUCGGAGGACAUGCGCGCGCGACUGUAGCCAUCGGCGACCAUUUUUCCGGUCGAGUUGUGAGAGCUGUCGUUACUAACUUGCUUGAGGACGAGGAAGAGGACGAAGAAGUACAGAUUCUGGAUGAGAAUGAUCUUGGACCGGUUUUGAAGUUGGACUUCCGUGGCUUUGAGGUGAAGACGUUGAAGUUGACGUUGCAGGAAAAAGCGUCGAUUCGGACGCAACAGACCAGUCAAAAGAUAAAAAAAGUUACCAGAAGAAGCAGUUGGGUAGAUAUUGACGGUUCUCGACUAGUUACGAGAGAAGAUUAGGUCGUUUUGAACUUCGGAGGUUGGCACAUCUUUCUACGACAGGCAAAAGCAGUUGUACGUGUGUGUGUAUAAUCUAGCGACAUAGUUCUAGUUGAGAAAUAUCAGUAACAAACCUUCAGAAAAAA